AUGGAGCUGCAGACGACGCCGCGGGGCACCAACAUGGCCUUCCUGGCCUCGGGAGCGCUGGGGGAAUCCAUCAUUCCGGCUAUCAACAAGCUACAGGACGUGUUCAGCCAGCUUUCCUCGGAUGUGAAGCUUGACCUGCCACAGAUCGCAGUGGUGGGCAGCCAGAGCUCCGGCAAGAGCAGCGUGCUGGAGGCGCUGGUGGGGCGCGACUUUCUUCCUCGCGGAUCCAACAUCGUCACGCGCCGACCGCUCAUCCUGCAGCUCGUCAAGACCCCACCGGUGACGGGGCAGUAUGCCGAGUGGGGGGAGUUCCUGCACCUGCAGGGAAAGCGCAUAUACGACUUUGACCGGAUCCGACAGGAAAUCUUGAUGGAGACAGAGCGGUUGGUGGGUGGCAACAAGGGCAUCUCGGAGAAGCCCAUCCGCCUCAAAAUCUUCUCCCCAAACGUGCUUACCAUGACACUGGUGGACCUGCCAGGCAUCACUCGCGUGCCGGUGGGGGACCAGCCCACCGACAUUGAGGGCCGGCUGAGGGCCCUGAUCCUGGAUUACAUCAAGGCGCCCACCUGCCUCAUCCUGGCGGUGUCCCCCGCCAACCAGGACAUCGUGAACAGCGACGCGCUGGACAUGGCACGGCAGGUGGACCCAGAGGGGCGCCGCACCAUCGGCGUGCUGACCAAGCUGGACAUCAUGGACCGCGGUACCGACGCGGUGGCGGUGCUGAGGAACGAGGCGGUACCGCUGGCCCUGGGCUUUGUGGGCGUCGUGCUGCGCAGCCAGGAGGACAUUGCCAACAGGCGCCGCAUGGCGGAUGCGCGGGGGGCGGAGCGCGCCUUCUUCGAGAGCCACCCCGAGUAUAUGGAGGUGGCGCCGCAGUGCGGCGUGGGCCACCUGGCCCGCGUGCUCAACACGCUGCUUGUGGAGCACAUCCGCGGCCUGCUGCCCAGCCUGCGUGCCAAGAUCGAGGAGGCAGCGGCGGCGCGCCGCCGCGAGUUGACCAUGUACGGCGACGCGCCGCCGGGCAACACCACCGCGGCGCGGGGCGGCCUGCUGCUCACCAUCCUCGACGCGUAUGCCAGCCGCUUCAGCGCCAUGCUGGACGGGCGCAGCGAGCACAUGCCUGUGAGCGAGCUGGCGGGGGGCGCCCGCAUCCGACACAUCUUCCAGGAAAUCUUCAAUGCGGGGCUGGAGGAGCUGGACCCCACCAGUGAGCUGACUGACGACGACGUGCGCACCGCCAUCAAGAACAGCGGCGGCAUCAAGGGCUCCCUGCUCAUCCCCGAGGCGCCCUUUGAACUGCUGGUGCGCCGCGCCAUCGACCGCCUGCUGCCCCCCGCGCUGCAGUGCAAGGACUUUGUGCACAGCGAGCUGCUGCGCAUCGCCAGCCAGUGCGCGCCGCCAGAGGUCAAGCGCUUCCAGAUCCUGGGGUCGCUGCUGUCUGAGGCGGUGGAGGAGUUUAUCGCGGGCGGCACGGCGCCCGCGGAGCAGCAGAUCCGCAACCUGGUGGCUUGCGAGCUGGCAUACAUCAACACCAGCCACCCGCAGUUUGUGGGGGGCAACCGCGCAAUCGCUCAGGUGCUGGAGCGCCGCGGCCUGGCCAGCAGCAGCGAUGAGGAGGCGCCGCUACCCGCUGCCAACGGCCGCGACGGCGGCGCGCCGCACAAGUCGAAAUCCACCAGCGCGCUGGCUGCUGGCGGCGGCGGCGGCGGGCAGCGCGGCGGGCUGGCGGCGGCGGCCAAGGCGGCUCUGAGGGGGGUGGAGCCGGAGCUGUACCACCCGGAAGAGCUGCUGGGGGAUGGCGCCUCGGGUAGCGACAAGGCCGACGGCGGCGGCGCAGGCGCCCGCCCCGGCCUGGCCAGCAUCCCUGGCAGCAGCGACUCGGCAGGCGGCAAGGGCAGCUGGUUUGCCAACUGGUUUGCCAGCACACGCGGCGGGGAGGACAGCGCCUCGGACCCAGGGCACGACGACGGCGCUCUGCGUCGGCCGCCGCCGACCCUGCGCGUGCCCAAGGCGGUGAGCGACCAGGAGGGGGUGCAGGUGGAGGUGACGCGCCUGCUGGUGGCCUCCUAUUUCGACAUCGCGCUGAUGCACUUCAUGGUGAACAGCGUGCAGCGCGGCCUGCAGCAGCACCUCAUCCGCAAGCUGUACCGCGAGGAGCUGUUUGAGGCGAUCAUGGAGGAGCGGCAGGACAUCGCCGCCAAGCGCAGCCAGUGCCAGGAGGCGCUGCGCGCGCUUCGGUCGGCGCAGACGACGCUGGAGGGCCUGCCGGCGGAGCUGCUGGGCCGGGUCAACCAGAGCGGCCGCUGGUCGUUCAAGCAGAUGCUGCAGGCCGCGGAGAGCAGCCCCGAGCAGGCCCGCGGCGGCUACCAGCAGGGUGCAGCCAACGGCGGCGUGCCGAUGCGGCGCCUGCCUGUGGCGCCCGCCGCCGCACAGCAAGCGCACCAGCAGCAGCUGACCGCGGCGCAGAAGGCAGCAAUGUCUGCUGUGUCCCUUCUGAGCGGCGGAAUCGCGGCGCACCGCACCAACCUCAGCCCGCCGUGA